ACUUCACCUUACCUUCCCUACUUUGAAAUCUCCGCUCCCACUUGAACGAUACAUGCUUUACCAAGACCAGCUAAGAUCGCGCCCCGCCCUGUUACUAUCGUAGUGCUCGCCCUCUAACACACACUCUCUCUGCACAAAGCUCCUCCCUUUUGCUACCCACUUCAAGCUGCCUCCACAAUGGAAGCCACGACCAUGGCGAAAUCCAUUCUAUCUCUAACUCCUCAUUUCCCAUCUUCAUCUGCUCCUCACAGGACUCCACAGGGUCUCUCUCCACUAAUUUUGAAUAGGAAAACCUCUUCCCUUCUUUCUCUCUCUAAGCCUAGUGAUCGAGUGCUGGCUAUCGGUAUCAAGGGCUCCAACCAGAUGCAAAACUUCGCUGUUCAUUCGAACCCAGAUGGAGCUGUAGCUGCUGAAGAACAAAUCCCCAUUGAAAAACAGUUUCCUGCAUAUCCAUCUGUGCUUGAUAUCAAUCAAAUUCGCGCCAUUCUUCCUCAUCGGUUUCCAUUCCUUCUUGUGGAUAGAGUCAUUGAGUACAAACCUGGAGUCUCAGCUGUUGGGAUAAAAAAUGUCACUAUUAACGAUAACUUCUUUCCAGGACACUUUCCAGAUAGACCUAUAAUGCCUGGAGUUCUUAUGGUUGAGGCCAUGGCUCAAGUGGGAGGCUUGGUGAUGCUACAGCCUGAAGUUGGAGGAUCCAAGGAAAACUUCUUCUUUGCAGGGAUUGACAAAGUGAGGUUUCGUAAACCCGUCAUUGCUGGGGAUACCUUAGUUAUGCGCAUGACCCUCGUUAAGUUGCAGAAACGCUUUGGAAUUGCAAAAAUGGAGGGGAAGGCUUAUGUUGGAGGUGAGGUUGUAUGUGAGGGUGAGUUCUUGAUGGCCACCGGGACUGAGUAAAUGGGUUUUAUUUGUUUUGGUUUGAAUGACAUUUCUCUCAAUCUUUCCAAGGCAUGGCUGCCUGUUUUUGUAGGGUGAAUUGUAUGUUGCUCGAUAGCGUGGUGGCUGCUUUUUUACGUUAACAACACUAGUGGGACAAAAAUUCGAAGUGUACAGAAAACUUUCAUGUUUGGGGUAAUAAGAUAUGGUGUUCUAGUGCUUGAGCUGAA